AUGACGGACGGAGGCGGCAAAGACGCUAGUACGGUCUGUGAAGAGACAAACACAGAGCCGAUUGAAAGUGCGAGGUCCCCAGCUGCCAGACCGAUACCGGCGCGGUCGCAGCAUUUCGAAGGCGACCAGCACAUACGGAGUUCCAUUGCACAGAACGAGACCGGGCAUUCGCCAGUGUCGCCGGAUUUCACGACAGGGCUUACUUCCCAGGAUCUCCGUGCCCCGGUUUCUGCGGUGCAUCAGAUGUCAACCCCUGAGGAGCGGGUCUCGGAUGCAGCUGGACUCGUUCCAGGGUCGCAGUGGUCUGUCCCAGCGGUUGGGAAUCUUCGUGCAACUGGAGAGAGCUUUGGCUUCCUUGGUCGAAUGGACACGCCGCAGGAUGUUGUUUCGAGUGGGCUCAUCCAGGAGUCACAGGCCAGAAGCCUAUUUACGCUCUUUAUGGCAUGUGCUGGAAAUUACAUGCCCAUAUUCGAUCCGGUCCUCGAUUCAUUUGACGGCUUGAGGAGACGCGAACCAUUUUGCUUUGCGGUCAUCCUGUCCCUUGCGUGCUGCGUUGAACAGAUAGCGGGUUUACCGGACAGCUGUAAAUUAACAAUCCAAGAAGAGGCAAAGAGACUUACUGCUCAAAGCCUGUUCACAAAACCCAUAACCCUAGGAAGUGUGCAGGCGAUGCUGCUUCUGGCUGCAUAUGCAGAAGAAGCCUCCUUUGCGAUUGGGCAUGCGCUUCAAAUGGCGCGAGAUCUUCAGAUAGAUUAUGCCUUGUCAAAGCUUGUGUCUGGGGACAACGCGUCAUCGCUGCCUCUCAAGGAAAAGAGACGCCUGAUGCGUGAGGUCCGCGUCUGGCUUGCGCUCUGCUAUGUAGAAAGAGAGAUUGCUGCGGGAACAGCAACCCAUUCGCGACUAGAAGUAGUUGAUACUGGCCUGCUGGAACGGCUUCGAAGUCACCCAUUAUACGGUCCCACCGAGUUGCGUGUAACGUCUCUUGUUGAAAUUGUUCAACUCCGUGAAAAGCUGCAGCAGGAAAUUGCACGGCCGGUUGGGCACCAGCCAGCCAACCUCGACCAGCUCAUAUGCAUUGAGGCCAAAUACUGCAAAUGGUUGGAAUUUUGGGACACUCUCCAUGAUGAAUAUGGAUUUGAAGAGUGCUCCUUUCAACGGGCCAGCCUGCGGGGCCAGAAGAACUGGGCACUUAUGUUCACAGGAUGUGCGAUUCUCGGCCGGCUGCAAAAGGAGGAAGGCGUAGGAAGCCUCCAGCUGUCUGCUGGACCUUUCCAAGGCCCUGCAGAGGGUUUGAUCAAGUACAUUGUCGCUGCUGUAACAGACCAGCUCCAUUUCAUCGUACGCACAACAGCCUAUCGAUGGCACCUUCGUUGGGCCACAAACUACACUGCCCUGUCUGUUACUUUUGCCAUUGUAUUUGCCCUGAGCAUUGCCAGGACACAUGAAAGCCUCAUCGACAGGGAAGAGAUUCUCAGCCUCGCAGACGAAAUAGCCCGCAUCCUACAACCCUACCCUCACCCACACUUCCACCGUCUCAUUCGACUAUUGAUAAACCCAACUGGCAACCGCCCUGCUCCCUCAGACCUAGAAGACCAAGAAUUCCGGAGGGCACAACCAAACGAGCCGGCCGGUGGUAUUGCUCAGUUACCCGAAGAGCAUAACCCUAAUGCAGCGACGGAACAUAUUUCUCCAGACCUCUCGAUUGAAGCACUUCUCAGCGAGCAUUUGCAAGAUGCCGAUUGGAUGCUGGACCCGUCUUCCAUUACAUCUGUUAGUUUUCCCGUCGACAGCAAUUUGGCGCUUCUAGACCAGGAUCUGUCCACGAUGCAUGAUUUCACGCUCCCGGAUGCACUGGCGCACCUUCAAACAACGCUGGCAUGUGGCAUCGACUGUCUUCUCGUUCAGCGAGUUGACGUACGGAAUCGCACGGACGUGGAGGCCUGGAUUCGCGAUACGAUCCAAACAUUCGGACGACUGGAUGGAUCGGCCCAUCUGGCUGGGGUGAUUCCCCAGUCUCACAAUAUCAGCAACGUGGUGGAGCAAGAUGACGAUGAGUGGGAUUUCGUAUUUGAUAUCAAUGUCAAGGGCGUGAUGAACUGCAUUAGGGCCGUGUUGCCGCAUCUUGGAACGAGGGCAAGUGUUGCCAAUGCCGGGAGCGGGCUGAGCCUGCAGGGGCGUGGAGCAGCUGCUGCAUAUGCGGCCUCUAAGCAUGCAGUUGUUGGAUUGACAAGCUCAGUUGCGAAGGAAGUGGGUGAGAGAGGUAUCCGGGUGAAUUGCGUGGCACCGGGAUACAUCUUGACUCCGAUGAUGACGAGAGCACAGUCGAACCAAAGUGCGCCAGCCCAGGAAGACCCAUCGGGGACUGCACUUAAACGCUUCGGUGAGGCCGUAGAAGUGGCUCAGCUGAAUGCUUUCUUACUGGGUGAUGAGUCCAGCUUUAUCACCGGGGCGACCUUGUGUGUGGAUGGUGGAUGGAACUGCUAG